CACCAGAGUAAAAUAAAAUAAGAUAAAAUAGAACUGGAAUGUUAACCUCUUUGACGUGGAGAAGUAGCCGAUGAAAAUAUUCCAUACAAUAUUGUUGGUCUAAUUCAAUACGAAAUGUUACGAAUAAUAUUUUUCAUCUUGAUAUGUAAUUUUAUUGACGUUCACUCUGCUGGUCUCGAAACAGUAAGCGACGAUGAGCUUAUAAAUCUAAUAAAUACUGAGAAAUAUGUGAUUGUGCUUUUUACAAACAAGAAUUGUCCCACAUGUGAUAACUUUGAAAAUGACAUGGUACACUUAAGAGAAGAUCUUGUGAAUUCUUUGUCUGCUUGGGUUGUAAAAGCUGUAAACAGUCAGUUGUUUAGCCUUUAUAGUGCUACUAAAGAACCAGCACUUUUGUUCUUUAGACAUGGAAUGCCUUUACUUUAUGAUGGACCCCCAAAUAAUGAAUUAAUUUCAACUAUGUUUAUUGAAAACAAGGAACCUACGGUGAAAGAAUUAACAGACGAUACAUUUGAACAUUUAACCCAAGCAAGUAGUGGAGCUACAACUGGGGAUUGGUUUGUUAUGUUUUAUAGCGUAGACUGUGUAGAAUGUGUUAGAAUGAUUGCAAGAUUGGAAGCUGUAGGUGCAAAACUAAAGCAAAAGAUUAAUGUGGCACGUAUAGAUAAAAGUACAACUGGAGCAUCUACAGCCAGAAGAUUUAAUGUUCGUGAAACUCCUACAUUUAUAUUUUUCAGACAUGGUAAAAUGUAUCGUUAUCAAAUUCCAAAAUACGACGUUAAUUCUUUCGUAUCAUUUGUAAAAGAAUGGUACAGAAACGCACGUGCUGAAACCGUCCCUGUGCCGCAAAGCCCAUUCGAUGACCUUGUACAAAUGAUUGCAAAUUUUCUUCAUGAAAAUCCGUGGGUAAUGAAACUCGGCAGCAUAACGACUGGUGUAUUCAUUAUAAUUUCUGUAGCUUCUAAGUUCAGGCGUAAAACCGAAAUGGCACAAAAGAAAGACUAAAUAUUCGUGUACCAAAGACUAUAUUAUGGGUACUGUAUCAAGCUAUCAGUAGUAUUUAUAAUCUUGUACAAAGCACAAUUUAUACA